GAAAUCUCGUUUAGAUUUGCAAGGUGGUGGACUAAGGAAAGUCGUGUAAAGAAAGAACGUUGAGAAUCGUGAAAAAAUUGUUUCGAGUGCUGCUGCUGAAAUUUUCAAUAGAAUUUUUUGCAUAAUGUGUGGAGGCAAAGUUAGAAAAAAUAUCAAAAAAGUUUAGGGCUUGUGCUAAAUAAUAUUAUGUGUAUGAACUCGAAUUGUAAAAAUAGUUGAACUAUCACAAAUCGGUUCUCGAAAUUAGCAAAGCACAUUUUUACGUCUUCAAUCGGUUGGUAUGUUCGUGUGUUAAAAUCAAAGGAGCCCCACUCGGAAGCAGCAGCAGCCAAAUUAUUAAAACGGGAAUAAAAAAACUGCAGUUGUAGAUCAUCAGCAGAGGUCAAUAAUACAAGUUAUAAAUCGCGAAAGUUGAACUUUUAUUGUGUUCCGUUUCAUUGCUACCUGCCAUUUAAGGGGGAAAACGCUAGACAUAUAUUCCCUUCACAAAUCAAAUUCACAGUUACGAGCGAUGCUCAAGUGUGCCAGCUUAUUCCCAGUAUAAACAAACAACCGAUUCUCAAAGCAUUUUUACUUAUAAUAAAAUGAGUAAACACAGUUGAGUGAAAAAUUGAAAAAAUAAUAUUACUACAUAUACAUAACUAUAUAAAUACCUACAUAUAUAUAUAAAUAUAUCAAUAUAUAUAAUGCAUAUUGUGCCUGAGAUUGUGUUCUAGAUUACUGCAAAUCCAAAAACGAAGUUUGUAGUUCAACAUAAACUUCAAAGUGUCUGUUAAGUGAGGUUAAUAUAAAUGUGAGAAUAUUCAGUUCUUCAUAAAUACGUCACCACAAAUUGUAAUACAUACAAAAUUUUGUGUACUACGAACAGGCAGCUAAACAAUAAACUAAAAACAAAUACAACAUUUUAUUGAAUUAAGAGAAUUAAACGAAUUCCAACAUUUAAGUGAUAGUAAGAAGGCUGAAAUAUUUAUUUAGCAAUAAAAGCAAAUGUGCUGAAGUAAAAUCGAUAAUAUUAAACAAUUAAAAAAGCAAGUUAGAACUGCGGUAUUUAUAAUAAUAACAACUCAAUACGAAAAAGACUCAUUUUAACGUUUAGUAAAUAUAAAGUUACAAAUCGUACUAAAAAUAAUUUCGAAAAAUGUAUCCACACGGACAGCAAUCUCAAUGGACACCUUCGCCCCCGCGGCCUCAGAGCCCCACUCAAUCGCAGACCAGUUUCGAAAACCUCACAUCGCCACCAGCUACCGGUUCAUCAGUGAAUCCCACCGCCGUGACCAGCCCGAGUGCGCAAAAUGUGGCCGUUGGAGGCGCAACUGUGGGUGGCGCUGGUGCCGCUGGUCUGGCUACACAAGCCUCCGCAGUCGCCUCGCCAUUGGGUGCGACAGCUGCCGCUUCGCCCACCACGCAACCUGAACUGCCAGUAUUCACGUGUCCGCGCAGGCCAAACUUGGGACGUGAAGGUCGACCCAUAGUUUUGCGCGCCAAUCACUUUCAGGUGUCUAUGCCGCGCGGUUAUGUACAUCACUACGAUAUCAAUAUACAGCCGGACAAGUGUCCGCGCAAAGUGAAUCGUGAAAUCAUAGAGACUAUGGUACAUGCAUACAGCAAAAUAUUCGGUGUUCUAAAGCCAGUAUUUGAUGGACGUAAUAAUUUAUAUACGCGUGAUCCGCUUCCCAUCGGUAACGAUCGCUUGGAAUUGGAAGUAACACUACCAGGCGAAGGGAAAGAUCGUAUUUUCCGCGUGACAAUUAAAUGGAUGGCUCAAGUGUCGCUUUUUAAUUUAGAGGAAGCACUAGAGGGCCGUACACGCCAGAUACCAUAUGAUGCAAUACUUGCAUUAGAUGUCGUCAUGAGACAUUUGCCGAGUAUGACGUACACUCCAGUUGGUCGGAGCUUCUUUAGCUCGCCCGAUGGUUACUAUCAUCCCUUGGGUGGUGGCCGUGAAGUUUGGUUUGGUUUUCAUCAAAGUGUGCGUCCUUCCCAAUGGAAAAUGAUGUUAAAUAUUGACGUUUCGGCAACGGCAUUUUAUAAGGCGCAGCCGGUAAUAGAUUUUAUGUGCGAAGUACUCGACAUACGAGAUAUUAACGAGCAAAGAAAACCGCUGACCGAUUCACAGCGUGUGAAAUUUACAAAAGAAAUCAAAGGUCUUAAGAUUGAAAUUACCCAUUGUGGUGCCAUGCGUCGCAAAUAUCGUGUAUGCAAUGUUACACGUCGUCCAGCACAAAUGCAAUCGUUCCCCCUUCAGCUAGAAAAUGGUCAAACUGUUGAGUGUACUGUAGCAAAGUACUUCUUGGAUAAGUAUCGUAUGAAAUUGCGUUAUCCACAUUUGCCAUGUCUUCAGGUAGGACAGGAACAUAAGCAUACAUAUUUGCCCUUGGAAGUUUGUAAUAUUGUCGCCGGUCAACGUUGCAUAAAAAAACUCACCGAUAUGCAAACGUCGACAAUGAUUAAAGCUACAGCACGUUCGGCUCCCGAUCGUGAACGUGAAAUCAAUAAUUUAGUUAAGAGAGCCGACUUCAAUAACGAUUCAUAUGUUCAGGAAUUCGGCCUGACCAUCUCGAACUCUAUGAUGGAAGUACGUGGGCGUGUGCUACCACCGCCAAAACUACAAUACGGCGGACGUGUAUCAAGUAUGACUGGACAGCAACUUUUCCCACCCCAAAACAAGGUCAGCUUGGCUUCACCCAAUCAGGGUGUCUGGGAUAUGCGCGGUAAACAAUUUUUCACCGGCGUGGAAAUUCGUGUUUGGGCUAUCGCCUGUUUUGCACCACAAAGAACCGUACGUGAAGAUGCUUUGCGAAAUUUUACUCAGCAAUUGCAGAAAAUUUCCAACGACGCUGGUAUGCCCAUAAUCGGACAGCCGUGCUUCUGCAAAUACGCCACCGGACCAGAUCAAGUGGAGCCCAUGUUUAGAUAUUUGAAGAAUUCGUUCAAUGCUCUGCAGUUGGUGGUUGUUGUGCUACCUGGAAAAACACCUGUUUAUGCUGAGGUAAAACGCGUCGGCGACACAGUGUUGGGCAUGGCAACACAGUGUGUUCAGGCUAAGAAUGUUAAUAAAACAUCACCGCAAACUUUGUCAAAUCUUUGUCUCAAGAUUAAUGUGAAAUUGGGUGGCAUCAAUUCCAUAUUGGUACCGUCGAUCCGCCCGAAGGUUUUCAAUGAACCAGUUAUCUUCCUGGGCGCUGAUGUCACCCAUCCACCAGCCGGUGAUAAUAAGAAACCUUCGAUUGCCGCAGUUGUUGGCUCUAUGGAUGCGCACCCAUCACGCUAUGCCGCUACAGUACGCGUGCAACAGCAUCGUCAGGAGAUUAUACAAGAACUCAGCAGCAUGGUACGCGAAUUGUUGAUUAUGUUUUACAAAUCCACUGGCGGUUAUAAGCCCCAUCGCAUUAUAUUAUAUCGUGACGGUGUUUCGGAGGGUCAAUUCCCGCAUGUCUUGCAACAUGAGUUAACCGCUAUACGCGAGGCGUGCAUUAAAUUGGAAGCAGAAUAUCGCCCAGGCAUUACAUUUAUUGUGGUUCAAAAGCGACAUCAUACGCGUCUCUUUUGCGCAGAGAAAAAAGAGCAGAGCGGCAAGUCUGGCAACAUACCGGCUGGCACAACAGUGGAUGUCGGUAUAACACACCCGACCGAAUUCGACUUUUAUCUUUGCAGUCAUCAAGGCAUACAAGGAACAAGCCGACCUUCGCAUUAUCACGUAUUGUGGGAUGACAAUCAUUUUGAUUCCGAUGAACUCCAAUGUUUGACAUAUCAACUGUGUCACACUUAUGUAAGGUGUACACGCUCCGUGUCGAUACCAGCACCCGCCUACUAUGCUCAUUUAGUAGCUUUCAGAGCUAGAUACCAUCUAGUUGAAAAGGAACACGAUUCAGGCGAAGGAUCUCAUCAAAGCGGCUGCUCUGAAGACCGCACACCUGGCGCAAUGGCACGUGCUAUAACGGUGCAUGCCGACACGAAAAAGGUCAUGUACUUUGCUUAAAGGAACUUUGUAUUCUUUUUUUUCUGAAACAUACUAUUGUAACAUUAAAAGUGUACUAUAAUACAAUUAGUUAAUAUGGAGAAUUCAUGCUCUGUUCAGUAUGCUGAAGUGAGUAACAAUUCAAUAACAACUACAGCUUAGUAAAGAAUGCUGUGGAAAAUAGUUGUUAGGCAAACAAAACACAAAUCGAUGCAUUAUUUUACUAGAGAUAAUUAUACAAAAUUGUAUAUUAAUUACAAAUCUGCAAUAAGGCUAUGUAGUGAACACUACACUAUAAUGUGCAACUGCAGCAGAACAAUAAGUUGAAAUGAUUUUUUAACAUACAGUCAAUGCUUGUCUAAGCGAUUCUGUUUCUUCCAACGCUGCUUGGUUUGUUUUUGCUUGGAGUUUACGUUAACAAAUUUCGUAAAUAUAAAAAUUUCGCAAAUUUUUCAACUUUUUGGCAUAUACUCAUGAUUUAUAGAAAAGUAAAAUUCUGAAAACGCUACAAUAAUUCCAAUUUUAUAAAAAAAAUUAAAAUUUUGAAAACGCUAUAAUAAUUCCAAUUUUGCUUUUUUAUAAAUCAUGAAGUAUAUGCGAAGUAGUUAAAAAUUGUUUAUGUAAGUAGAAAAGUAUUUAAAAAUUACUCCGACACUAGGCGAAAUUUGUAUAUUUAUUAAAUUUGUUUAUAUAUAUGCUUUAUUUCCAUUGCUUUCCAUAAUAUAACUAUAACAUUAAUAUUUAUUAAUUUAUGUAAUAUUAUACCAUGCUACACAAAUAUGAGCCGAUUGUGUCUACUACAUGAAUUCUACAUAUUAACUAAUUGUGUUCAAAUACACUUGUAACUCUCGACAUAUGUUUACUAUGUAUGUAGUUGGAAUUUUUUAUUAUUUUAAUAUUUGUUUAUAAUGUGAAUAUAAACUAUUUUUAUUUUGUAAGCGUACAACUCCCAUAAAGUGAAUAGCUUUAUAAUAAUUCAAAUGUUAAUUCAAUUAUUGUUUAAUUUUAUGUAUUAUUUGCAACCCUGUUUCUGACGGGUAUCUACAAAAGAAUGCAUUUGUAAUUAAUUGCUGUACCGAUUUGCAUAGUACCCCAAAACUCGAAGUAUCACGAAUAUUCGAAGCUUUCUCAAUGAACUCAAUUGCAUUUCGAUAUAUUUUGAAAUGUGUUUUAGAAUGGUACAAUUAUUUAAAACAAAUAAAUAAUAAAAAAAAACGAAAUACAUUCAUUGUGCUGAUAAAGAAUAAAUUAACUUCCGUUUUAAGUUUGCCACAACACGUCGUCAUCCGUCUUCGCAUUAGUACCUUCCCUGUGUAGUGCAUAUUACACGCAAAUUUACGCUGUAGGUAAAUGUAGUAAACUCCAAGCAAAAACGAAACAAACUCAAAGUAACACAAUGUCACUUACGUUUAAUUGAACGUCAAUGAACUUUAAUUUAGUUUUUAGUCUAGUUUUUAAGCACCUGAGCUGGGCAAUUCUACGCAGCUAUAAUGGCCAAUUUACAUAUAUAUUUCUAUCAAUCAAUUAUAUGUCAAUUAAUUUGCUCGUUUUUCACGAAUUGCACGAAAAUUAGAAAAUCGGAAACCGCAAGUUAGAAACUCAUACAAACAAUUAUAAGCGAAUAACUUUGUACUCAAAACCCCACAGUAAAAGGCAACACUCAUACUUAUAUACAUAUUUUGUGUUUUUCGCAUUUAGUAAAGUAAUUAAAUAAGAUGUUAAGUUCAAAUACUUCAAUAAUGUAUUCCUGGUAAUAUUAUUUUCUCAUACAUUUAGGUAUUGCAAAUCUUAUCGUAAUUUCGAAGAAAAAUGUGCCAAAAUUUUGUAUAUUGUAUUGUGAAUCGUUAAAUAGUUUCCAACAACCAACUCAAACUACUUUUGAUUUUCAAAAACUUGUGUGUGUAUUUAUUAUUAUUAUUAUUAUUUCUUCUUUGCGCAUAGUUUCCUGUAAUCUCUUGUGUUAAAUCUCAUGUACCCAUAUCACAUGCACAUGCACCUGCUCUACACAAUAAAAGUAAAAUGAGUAAAUUUACGAUAUUUAAACGAAUACGUUUUAACAAUAAUAACUUAAGCAUAAAAAUACAUAAUUACUUACAUACAUACACAUAAUUAUUUCGCAUUAAGUCUUAGUUAUAUACAAAACUGUAUUUUCGUGUUUGGAACGAGCAGCAACAGCAGCAGCCGAAGUAACAGAGCUGCUGGCCAUUGGGGGCAUUUACAAAACGCCUGGCAAUUAACAUUUAUAUCAAUUUGUUUAAUGACACAGCUUAAAGUUAACAUUACAUUGUUUUUCUCUCUCUUUAAUUUAAUUUUAUCUAACAACAUUUGAGUAUAUUUAAUAGAAAGCAAAAAACCAAAAACGAAAUAUUAAUUUUAAGCACUUUAAAAAAACCGG